GUCACAAAAUUAGUUCCAAUAUAUAUGAAUAAAGAAAACCAAUAUAAGAAGAACAUGAUGCCUAUGUAGUUGACGAUAUCUUGACAACCUUCAAUCUUCCACACAGAGAGCAAAGAUGGCGUCUCAAGAUGAGCUACAACAGCCAAUCUUGAACUCCCAACCCAGCCAUCAUGGAGUGGAUGCUCGGCUUGAGAAGAUCCUAGUUGACACCCAAUUGCCUUAUUUCAAGCGACUGCGACUGGCCUCAUGGAUUGAAUUUAUGCUCAUGUUCAAGCUGGCUGGACCUGCUGUUUUUGUUUACUUGAUCAACAACUUCACCUCCAUGUCCACGCGAAUCUUCGCCGGUCAACUCGGCAAUCUCGAUCUCGCCGCUGCUUCUCUUGGCAAUAGCGGCAUCCAACUCUUGGCUUACGGCAUCAUGUUGGGCAUGGGAAGUGCAGUGGAGACACUAUGUGGGCAAGCGUACGGGGCUGGUCGGUACGAGAUGUUGGGGAUCUACCUUCAAAGAGCAACCAUUGUGCUCGUUAUAACUGGUCUACCAAUGGUGUUGCUGUACGCAUUUUCAGAGCCAAUUUUAAUCUUACUUGGUCAAACAGAGGAGAUAGCAUCAGCUGCAGCAAUUUUCGUCUACGGUCUCAUCCCACAAAUAUUUGCUUACGCUGUCAACUUCCCCAUACAAAAAUUUCUCCAAGCCCAAAGCAUAGUGAACCCAAGCGCCUACGUCUCAGCCUUUACACUCUUGUUAAAUCUAUUGACGAGUUGGGUCGCUGUGUAUAAGUUGGGCAUGGGUUUGUUCGGUGCGUCACUGAUGUUGAGCAUAUCGUGGUGGGUCAUGGUGGUGGCUCAGUUUCUCUAUAUCUUGAAGAGUGACACGUGUAAGAAAACUUGGACUGGGCUUAGCUCGCAGGCCUUCUCUGGGCUUUGGGAGUUCGUCAAACUGUCCGCCGCGUCAGCGGUGAUGCUGUGCUUGGAGACUUGGUACUUUCAGGUACUAGUAGUGAUUGCAGGGCUGCUCGAGAACCCUCAACUGUCUUUGGACUCACUUUCUGUAUGUAUGUCAAUAGCUGGAUUGUUGGUCAUGGUGUCAGUGGGGUUCAAUGCAGCUGCAAGUGUGAGAGUGAGCAAUGAAUUAGGAGCAGGAAAUCCCAAAUCAGCUGCAUUUUCAGUGGUCAUGGUGACUUUGGUUUCUUUCAUAAUUUCAUUGGUAGAAGCUGGAGUUGUUCUUGCCCUACGCCACAACAUCAGCUACGCCUUCACACCCGGCAAGAUCGUGGCCGAUGCCGUAUCAGACCUCUGCCCCUUUUUGGCUUUAACACUCAUCCUUAAUGGUGUCCAACCAGUCUUAUCUGGGGUGGCUGUAGGGUGUGGAUGGCAAGCAUUUGUAGCUUACGUUAAUGUGGGAUGCUACUACGUUGUUGGAGUUCCACUAGGAUGUCUUCUUGGCUUCACGUUCAAUCUCGGCACAAAAGGAAUUUGGUCUGGUAUGUUAGCAGGAACACUAAUGCAGACCCUCAUAUUGUUGUGGGUUACAUACACCACAGACUGGAACAAAGAGGUGGAGGUGGCGAGACAGCGUUUGGACAAAUGGGAUGUGAAGGAGACUAAGGUCGUAAAGACCUAAAUUGGUGAAUCUGUGGAAAUAAAAGAGAUCAAUCAUCAGAAGGGACAGAGGAUGACACCAUAUCUGCCAGUCUCCAACCCUUUUUUUUUUAAGGCGUCUGAUAGUUGCUGCUUCUAGGGAUUCAUUUGGCACAUUGGAGGGACUAAUAAGAGUGUGAGAGGCAAAUGCUGAUGAGAAUGAGAAUGGUUCAUGCUAGACUCAACAAUACAAUGUGCAUUUUAUCUUUUUUAUGUCAUUGUAAUAAAAUAUUUAGAUGUACCCAGCUUUAAAUUUAAUCCCAAUUCGGUUUGAAACUUGCAAUAAAUACCAAUGUGAUUUCAUUUUCGUCCC